AGCCUGUCUGAAAAAAGCUCAAAUAAUUACCCCCUCCCUUUUAAUUACCCCCUCCAGCGUGAGGUUGAAACAAUAAUUACCCUGGGUAAUUAUUUUAGCAAAUACGGUAUAUUGUUUCUUUAUCAUUUUAAUAAAUUUAAUUGUAUUUUUUGUAUUUUCUCUAUUUCAACAGAAUUUUCAGAAUUUUUAUUAUUUAUUGGUUGUCAACAGCAACGAAAAUUUUCUCGAAACGGGGAGAUUUUUUAUAAAUAAUCGUUCAUAUUUAAUUUUUUUUGUUCAAUGCUAAUUUAUUCAUCUCGUUCCUCUCAACAGCAACAAACAAAUUUAUGGACGGAACAAUUUUCUUUUGAACGGCAAAAACUUCGUUUACAAAUUGCUAAACAAAUUCGUAACCAAAUGUCUUCUAUUGUUGGCCAUCUUCCAACUGCCGAUUUGGUGUUAAUAACCUCUGAUAGUCAAAAAUUACCUGCUCAUUUGUGUAUAUUAAAAGCACGUGCUCCAUCUUUUUACAAACGUUAUGUGCAGCCUAUUUGUAAUAAUGGACAAACAACAACCUUACAACAACCCCAACUCUUAGAAAUUCCUGUUAAUAUUGAAUUUAGUGCAUUAGAAUUUUUUAUUCGCUCAAUUUACACAGACGAGGAAGUUUUAGAAAUGGAUAUAUCAACAAAUUUAAAUAAAUUAAACGGGUCAUCGGUUGAUGAUAAUAAUGAUGAUACAGAAGGAAAUUUUGAAAGUCAAAGUAGUGGGAAUGAGCAAAAACAGGAAUUCUCUAGUAAAAUAAAUUUGAGUCAAAACCAGCAAAUGUCUGCUUCGUAUCCCUCCCCAAACUCCCCUCGAGAGAUGUUAAUGCCUGGGACAACAAAUAAUUCUAGUUUGGCAAACAGUGAAAGGAGGUGUUUGAGUCAGGAAAUUUUUGGACAGACUUCAGACGAUAAUCAAGUGAGAAAACAUUCAGCAAUCUUUCCAUAUUUUAUCAAAAUGGGAAUAGAAGAAGAGGAAGAAGGUUGCAGUACAAGUAGAACAUAUUGUGGCAGUACAGGGGUGAUGAGUCGGAGUUUGCCUCUUUCAACUGGUAGCAAUAGAGGGGAAUCGCCUCAUUCGAGAGAUAGUUUUGACUGUAAUACAAUCCGCGGCCGUGCAAUAGCUGCCCGUCGCCGUCAAAGCUUAUGCUCUUCCUUUAGUUCACUAACUUCAAUAGACAUCUUAACCCCAACACAAGAAAUUGCCCCAGCUCCUGUUUUUGAAAACCAAAAUGAGGCAGCUAGUAAAUUAGCCGGAGAUUUACUUAAAAUGCUUGUGGAAGAAAGGGAUUCGGCCGAUGUACUUUUAUUGGCAGCUAAUGGAGAACAAGAAAAAGCCCAUUCAUGUAUACUAUGGGCAUGUGGAUCUGAAUUUUUUAGAGAACAAAUAUCAUCACAAUCCACUCGUCUUUACAACAUAGACUUGCCUCGAUUCUCUCGAACUUCUGUUGCCUUUCUUCUUCAAUUUAUUUAUGGGGGAUUAACCUGCCUUCCUGCAACUAUUGGAAAGGAUAACGAUGCAGAGCUUUUAGAUCCAUGGGAAUUGGUUGAAUUGGGGGCCUUUACUAAAGUGGAAAGUUUUGUUAAAGUAGUUGCUUUACACCUAAGAGCUGUGGAAUUAAAACAGCUUUUUAAUGAUGCAAUGCAAUGGCAAGCUGCGCAUUUUACUCGUAUUUGGAAGGGUAAUUUAUUAAGUUACUAUGUAAAUUCCCGUGAAAAGGAGGAUUAA